CUGGCCUGCUGUGCUUUUCCAGCACCACUCUAACCUAGUAUCACGAAUUGUCUGGUGGUUUCUGAUUUUGUUUUACAUUGGAUUCACAUUGCGGACCCAGAAGGGAAUUUGAAGCCGCUUCCAGAAGGUUCCCAGCUCCCAAUCCAGUAACGGUACCAUUAGGCCGCCGUCUGCGCAGACUCAGUCGCUGCUGCUCGCGGGCGCGGGAGCGGGCUCGGGCCCGGGCCCAGAGCCGGACCCGGGGAAGCUGCGCGCGGGACUGGGCGACUUUCAAUGGGCUUGCAACUAGUGUCCAUUAUUGAAAGAUGAAGCAAAGGACCAAAUUCCAAAGUGGUGGGUUUGGGUGAGAUGGAAGAGAUUACAGACAAGCAUGAGUUUUCUGGUGAAGUUUUUUUUCACAGUAGAAGACACACAAAACUCUGAGUUACUACUGGUGCGAGUUUACUGUGAACAUCUGAAGCAGCAAUACAUGAAAGAGGCUGAGGAGUUUAGACUGAAGAACCCAAUGGUCUGGUCAGCUUCCUGGCUCCAUUGAAGACAUAAAUGUUUGGAGUCCUCGACACUAGAAAACCUGACCUUUGAAAGGAGGUGAUUACAUGUAAAGAAAUGUAAGCAGUUAUUUAACCGCCUCCAAAAGUAGAUUCCCACGUCAGAGGGAACACACCUGAUGUGUUGGGUAUUACAUUUUCAAGUGGGGUCUCUCAUUACUACAGGAAUGUAAACACCCAUCUUGGACAACCAACACAAUAGCCAGUCGAAAUCUUCGGCUGGACGACCUUCUGUGUCCUUGGGCCCCUGAAAUUCGGCCUUCUUGCACUCAAACAUCUGUAAAGAACUCUGAUGUGACAGAAAUUCACCAAGCUGCUUGUAUGAUGUACAAACCAAUAUGAUUUUGAAAAAAAAAGCAGCUCAUGACUUUUAUAAUAAAUCCCUUGAUUUUUGAGUUAUUCUGAUUUUGUGAGACAGUGAUGUUAACAUUUCUGCGUAUGUAGACUGUGCAGGCCCAUAAGUUUAGAGUUGUGUUUGUAUGCAGGGUAAACACAAACACUGUUUUGGAUAUACAAUCUGUUUCGAUGUAUAAUUUCAAUAUAUUUAAUUCAAUUUCAGGGAGCCAUUACAUGUUUGAUGGGUGAUUGGAGAAAGGACAGUGGAGUGGGCUAAAGGAACCAGAUGGAACAGUAGAGGGUCUGAUAUCAAGCUGCUGUGUCUCAAUUGGUUCCAGCACUGGAGAGCCACUUUGAAAGGAGAAUGGAGUGUCCCCUCUGUGGUAAUUCGUUUUCUGAAGCAGUAAUUCAGCACCAUGCUUGGAAUUGUGAUGGAUCAAGAUUUGAGGAAGGGUUGUUGACUCAGCAUGGAGCAGCUUCAGUUGCGAGUGAGAAUUAUCAGCUUGCAACUUGCACCAGUUACUUUCAUCAACAUUUGGAUGGAGUGGGUUCAGUUGUUUAUUCCAAUAUCACCGCAGUUCCACACUGCAGCACAGAAUAUUUUCAGAAGACGACAGCAGUAAAGACACAAGAGUGUCCACUUUGUGGUCAGUCUUUCCCCACUAAUGAGAUAAUAGAACAUGCAGCAUUCUGCAAUGGCCCUGGCUUCAGCAGGGUCCUGGAGCAAGAGAUUCCCAACUACAGCAAGGCCCCAGAACGAGAAGGUGCCAGCGACACCAUGGAACUGUUUUGGAGCUAUGUCAAUGGAAAGGAGCAUGCAGUUCCCAGAGCAGCAGUUGGAGCUGAGGAAGCCAAGAGGGUUCUCAGCAGCAAAGAGGUGGAGGAAGACAGUGUGCUAGAUUUGGAAAAAGUGCUACAAUAUUUGAAAAAGAUGGAAGACGCUAUAUCACAGGAUCCAGAAUUCAAACAGGUGUUUGGGCCCCUCCUGAAGAGCUCCAAACCACUUUCCCUUCUACAGUCCUUAUCAAACACCAUCUUCAACCAAAAAGUUGCUACGGGAGCUAGGAAAGCUGCUCCUGUCUUUCUUUUCUUCCAGCUGGCAAAAUUAUUUCUGCCUGCAAUUUUGGAGUCAGAAGCCUUUGCUGUUUUUAAGAAAUGGGUUGAAGUAUUUAUUCUGGAGACUGUUGUUCCUUGGAUCUCCCAAAUGGGUGGCUGGGGACCGAUACUGUGUGCUUUUGCUACUCUUCUGGCGAGUGGACUGAUAGUGGGUCUCAAGGUGCUGCUGAUGUCGCCAACUAAAUAAAUAAAUUAGGGCAAAUGAUGACUGAUGUCCAUAUUCAGUACAUCAGAAAUGUGAAAAUUUGAUUGUGGUGGGAAACCGGUUGUAAGUUGAAUAUAAACGUCAAGAUCCUGGCA